AUGGCCUCGACGAGCUCCGACAGGGGCGAUGCGCCCGCGCGCAAGUUCCCGCUGGACCCGUCGGAGUUCGACAGUGACCCACGGAUCUCUUUCUCGAAGCUCGAUGAUAAAUUCAUCCUGGAGACUGAGGAUGGACAGGAAUUUGAGUAUGAUAUGGGUAUCAAGCGCUGGGUUCAGACAAUCGAUGAGGAGCUGCUCCGCCAGCAGCAAGAGGCCUACAAGGUCGCAGGUGUGGACGAGGACGAGGCAAUCACCCCCCGCGAUAUGAAGAAGCGGAAGCAACAAGCCAGCACCGAGGAUGGCCAGGGACAAAAACCAAAAAAACAACGCGUGAACACUGCGGUGUGGAUCACCUCUCUCCCCCUCGAUGCUGAAUUCACGGAAAUCCGUGACGUUUUCUCCCGUUGCGGCAUGAUCGCGGAGGAAAUCGACAGCGGCAAUCCGCGUAUCAAGAUGUACAAUGAUGAGAGCGGCAAGUUCAAGGGCGAAGCAUUAGUGGUCUACUUCCGACCAGAAUCUGUCAACCUGGCAAUUCAAAUGCUCGAUGAGACCGAUUUCCGGUUUGGGCAGCCCGGACCUCUGGGACCGAUGAAGGUGCAGGCAGCCGAACUCUCUUUCAAGAGCCAGAAGGAGGCGCCGCCAAAGAGCAGCAUGCGUGACAAGCGAAAGAUCAUGGAGCGAACCCAAAGACUGAACAGUAAACUGGCAGAUUGGGAUGAUGAUGAGCCGUCUGCCCUUCCGGACACCAACUCCCGGCAGGACAAGACGGUGAUCUUGAAGCACAUGUUCACGCUGAAGGAACUGGAGGAUGCUGCGGCAAUCCUGGAUAUCAAACAAGACAUUCGUGAUGAAUGCGCCAAGGUCGGAGAGGUCACGAAUGUAGUGCUUUACGACAAGGAGCCGGAGGGAGUGGUGAGCGUCCGAUUUGCAGACCCCGCAGCUGCCCGGCAGUGUGUCAAGGUCAUGGAUGGCCGAUUCUUUGGCGGUACCCGCGUUGAAGCGUAUGUCUCUGUAGGACGUGAGAAGUUUAAGAAGACCAAUGAGCGACGGGCGGCUCUGGAGGACAUGGCCGAGCGGGGCAUUGAUGCAGAGGACGAAGAAGAGCAAGAGCGAUUGGAUGAGUUUGGAAACUGGCUCGAGAGUGAGAAAUGA